AUGUGGAAUGGCGAGUGUCGUCAGUCGAGCAAUCUCGAAGAAGUCUGCGGAUCAAGUGCCCCUUUUGCGACCAGCAUGCCUUGGAACUUCACCAGAACAGGGUGUGCUUUGACCGGGCUCCCGCACAUUGAUGUACCGGACGACUAUCGAUCGUACGGCCCUUUGCCCAUGUCUGUGCUGCGCGGCGGAGAUGAUCGGGAGAAUUUCGAUCUUUAUGACAAGAAUGUUCGCGAAGCAGUGCCCAUGGCGUUUACGAUCAGAGAUUCAGGUGGCGACAUCGAACACAGGGUCCUUUGCUUAGCUCCAGACAACGUCGUCGAAGGCAGCCGUGUGCCGCAAUCCGCUGCGGUAUACUCAGUUACAAAAACUUCACCCCAAGUAGCCCUCGCUGUUAUGGCUCUUAUGUUCGUCUCUUCUGCCGCUUGGUAA